AUGAAUACGAGAUAUUUACAAUCAAUAUGUAAUAAUGAUUUACAUCAUUUAUUAAUUAUUACGUCUCUUGUAUGUGGAUUAGAAUUUUGUACUGCAUCUGCGUUUACUUAUAUCCCACCAAUUUUACUCAAAGCAGGAAUUUCAGAAUCAUUAAUGACAUGGUUAAUGGGUUGUGGUCCAUUAUUAGGAUUUCUUCUUUGUCCUGUUGUUGGUCAUGCAAGUGAUCGUUGUCGAUCUCGUUAUGGUAAACGUCGUCCAUUUAUAGUUGGUUUUUGUUUAACAAUUAUUUUUUGUCUUAUACUAAUUCCACAAAGUGAAGCAAUAGGUGAACUUCUUCGUGCACCAAAACUUGGCCUUUACUUAUUAGUUAUUACUUGUGUUCUAUUCGAUUUUUCUGCUCAAGCUUGUUUUAAUCCAUGCGAAUCAUUAAUUUAUGAUGUAUGUAAAGGUACACCUCAAGAAAAUUCCUGUUUUUUUGUUUAUUCAUUCAUGACGUCAUUUGGUGGAUGUUUAGGUUAUUUAAUCACAGCAACCGAUUGGACUGAAUCAUUUCUUAGUAACUAUUUACAAGGACAAGAAAAAUUAACAUUUAUUGUUAUAUUAUUAUUUUUUACUAUAACACUUUGUAGUACUUUAAUCUCAGCUAAUGAAAAAGUUUAUGAUAGUCUUGAUGAACAAAUAUCAUUUAGUGAUACACAAAUAAUAUAUAGUUUAUUUCCUAUUGAUUUUUUAAAAUAUGUUUUUUAUACAAUAUCAAAUUCAGUUAAAACUAUUAUAACAAUGCCAUUUGUUUUACGUCGUUUAACACUUGCUGAAUGUUGUUCAUGGUCGGCUUUGAUGACAUUUAAUUUAUUUUUUACUGAUUUUGUUGGUCAAACUAUUUAUAAUGGUGAUCCAAGUGCUGAUGAAUCAUCUGUUGAACGUAUUAGAUAUGAUCAAGGUGUACGUGCUGCUUCAUAUGGUUUAUUAUUUCAUUGUAUUGUUGGUGCACUUUAUGCUCCAUUACUUAAACCAUUAAUUAAUCAAUUUGGUAUUCAUUUAACAUUUUCAUUUGGUAUGUUUAUUUUUGCUUUAUCUAUGCUUGUUACAUAUAUUUCAAGAAAUAUAAUUAUUGUUAAUAUAAUGGCAUCAUUAACUGGUCUUGGUAUGGCAUCAUUAACAUCUAUACCUUAUACUCUUGUUAUGACAUAUUAUGCUAAUCGAGAAGUAAAUUUUCAAAAACAAAAUUUCGUAUUGAUUUUAUUUUUAGAAAUCUUUUAUUUUUUUUUUU